AUGCUGGCUCUCGCAGAGAUCCCACUGCCGACAGAAAACGCGCUAUUCCGUCGUGUUGUAGAUGAGCCAGACUCAGUCGAUGAAAGCGAUUUCCCUCGCUGGCUAGCGGAGCCCCCAUUUGCUGGAGAUGACGCAUACUUUGAGCGUCAUUCUGCAGAGUACCAAGGCUUUACGAAAGCGCUGGAAACAGCAAUGCACGGUGUGCAGUUCCAGAUGCGUCAAGCCCGCCACAAUGAUCUCCACUCACGGUUCCUUCGUGCUGGUGAUGGAAAGAAAAGAGAGGAACUGUUUGCGGAGGUACGAGCAAUGUUGGCCGGGUGGUGGAAGAAAUGGGAGGUGCUCUGUGCAUUCGAGGCUUCAGGGACAUAUGACCCUUUACAUGAUGCAAGACAGCACGCCAUGUUGAAGCAUCAGCAGCAAUGGGUGGCUCGUAACAUUGUACACUUCUACGGCUGCAAAUUCCUUGCGUAA